AUGGUCCUUCUCUCCCCCACCGCAUUCACAGAAAACCCAUUCCGCACGCGCCAUGACGUUGCGGAAGGCCUCAAAGGCCUCCUCGAUCCCCUGGAACCACACACGUCACUGGGCGGGGCGUGUAUCAACAUCGGCUCAACAGCCGCACAUUACGACACCCGCGCCGUCGCGCUUGAGACCUUUGCCCGUCCUCUCUGGGGUCUCGCUGCGCUACUUGCCGGUGGUGGCGAGUAUGAGGGCACGGCACGUUGGGUGCGCGGGUUAGCAAAUGGGACGGAUCCACGAGGGGAAGAAUAUUGGGGCGCUUCAAAGGCCAAGGAUCAACGCAUGGUUGAGAUGAGCCCCCUGAGUUUUGCCAUUGCGCUAGCCCCAGACGUGUUCUAUACCAGCCAGACGUUAGAGGCGCAGAGGAACAUUGCGGCCUUCCUCGCGUCCUGCAUGACGCAGCCCAUGCCUGAUACGAACUGGUUAUGGUUCCGUGUCUUCGCCAAUCUCGCGCUCCGCUCCAUUGGCUCGCCACACCACAACCCAGGCCGCAUGGCGGCCGACCUCGAACGCCUUGACUCGUUCCAGCUCCCGCCGCAUCUCCCGGUGGGAGAUGACCUCAUCGGGUCCGCAGGCUGGAGUCGCGACGGCCCCGAGGACGUUAAGCAGCUCGACUACUACUCGUCGAGCUUUGCUAUCCAAGUCGCCCAGAUGGUCUACGCAAAGCUGUGUGCCGAGGAGGAUCCCAGGCGUGCUCGGGCUUACGAGCAACGGGCCAAGGACUUUGUUAAGGAUUUUGUGUUCUACUUCGACGACGAUGGAAACGCCAUUCCGUUUGGUCGAUCGAUGGUGUACCGCUUCGCGGUCAUCGCGACAUUCUCUGCUAUGGCACUCUGCAACGUCGAGCCCCCAGCCCCUCUGACAUGGGGACACUUGAAGGGCCUCGUGCUGCGCCACCUCCGCACCUGGUCUGGCAACCGUGACAUCUUUCGGUCGGACGGAACUCUUAACAUUGGAUACGCGUACGACAACAUGUACGCGACAGAAAACUACAAUGCUCCCGGUUCCCCGUAUUGGGCGUGCAAAGCGUUCCUCUGUCUCGGAGCGCCUCUAAACCACCCAUUCUGGACCUCUGACGAGCUGCCAUGGCCAAGCACGAUGCCGCGAAUCAAGGCCCUCCCCGAUCCGGGGCACAUCAUGGUGCGCUCUGGCGGCCACGUCUUCCUCCUCUCAUCUGGGCAGACGGCGCAUUACACCAUGCGCAAUGGUAACGCAAAGUACUCCAAGUUCUCAUACUCUUCUACCUUCGGUUUCUGCUAUUCCACGGGGUCCUUGGACUUGGAACAGCUCGCAGCAGAUGGCAUGCUCGCUCUGCGCGACGCGUCGCCAGGCGUCGAAGCGUCUGACUCGGACAUCUGGCGGGUGAGGCGGGUGGCGCUCAAUGCGCGGAUCGUCGGUCGGGGCACCGAGAGGAUGCACCUUCGCAGCGGCUGGCGUCCGUUCCCGGACGUGUAUGUCGAGACAUGGCUUGUCCCGCCCGCUGAAGAGAGUCCGAAUUAUUAUGUUCGAGUGCACAAGAUUACGACGGGCCGGACCCUCGACACCGCCGAGGCAGGUUGGGCGACAUACGGCCAGGGCGAGGAUGGCAGGGCACUGGUCCAGGCCUUCUCGGGUGAGACGUCGUCCGGAGGCAUGGAGGCCGAGGGCCAAGCUCGCGCGACGACGCGCGGUGGAUCUGUCGGGGUGGUCGACCUCGACGUCACUCGGCUCAGUGCCGGAUUCAACGGUGUUAAACGUCGCGGCAAGCUAGUCCAGUCCGACCCUAAUUCGAACGCCAUCUUCUCCCGGUCCGUCCUCCCAACCCUCCUGGGCCACCUCGAACCGGGGACACAUUACCUUGCGACCGGCGUGUUUGGGGCGCCUCCUUCGGAAGCGGAACUCUGGGACUCGGAGUGGGCGCACGUUCCGCGUGUUCCGUCGGAUUUGACGAUCUACAACUAG